AAAAUUCAAAAACUAAAUUAGUAGUUCAAAAUGCCAAACACAGAGUAGGGAAUUUGCAGGUAUAUGAAAGUUUUAGGUAGUUAGAAUCAAGCGACAGAAGAGGAAGGAGGUGAAAAAUAAAGCCAUAGAAACUGAUGUAGACACAGUGUAUCACAUACUCCCAAACUCUGAAGCAUCCUAGUAAUAUCUACAAUUGCAGUGUCCCAAACUGCGUCAGAUAUACUAUCUAUUCGAAUUGAUUGCUCUGCUCCUUAUCACGCCCCCAUUUAAUUUCCACACCUUUAUAUUCCUACCCAAUUCCAUUAUUUGAACUCAAAACCCUCCACCCCCUUCUAUGGGUUCAGCAACAGCAAAACCAGCGAAAAAACUCGUCGAAUUUCUAAAGGAGCAACAGGAACCUUUCAUCCUAGAGGUUUACCUAUUAGAAAGAGGGUACUCAACAAGACGAAGCCCAAAUGGAGAAUCAACCAAGUGUUCAGAGAGAUGGGCAACAAGUUUUGUCUUAAACAAAAAGAAAGAGAAUCUCUUUCCGUUCUCCAAAGUCCUAACAGCACUACACAAGAAACUUUCUUUUCACAACCAAAACUGUAUCGUAUUUAGGGACUCUGACACUGACUCCAUAAACGAACAUGUUGAUGUUAGUGUUCCUCAUGUAGCUACAACUUUGGAAACAGAUCGGUUCUCGUUCUCAACCGCUACAAGCUCAACCGUGUACAAUUCAUGCUCAGAUAUUGAUGAAGAUGGAAUCUCGAUGUCGCCACAUAGAGACAAACCUUUGUUUUCUUCAGACACUUGCCAAGCUUCGAGGGUCAACGAUAUUGGAGAUUUACAUAGCCAGGAGGCAAACGACAAUGAAAAGCACCACCAGCGAUGCUUAGAAGUUUCUGUGACGCACAAGACACUGAAUAAGGAUGUUUCGGGAAUGGGACAUGGAAUAAGCAAUUGCUGUGUCCUCGUACCCGAGAAAAUCACCGAGGAUUCGCUAUUAUCAGCCGCUCUAUGGAGUUCGCUUAUUCGGUCAGCAAAGAGAGAAGGGGGUAGUAAGGAAUUGCGAGAGCUGCUUGGGCCUGGGCCCAAUCCAAAUGUUUGUCAUGUGUUGAAAUCUAAAACGUUGUUAUGUAAGGCAAAACAACUUCUAUUUGAUUGUGUUAGAGAAAUUACAAUGAAUGUUUCGAGAAAAGAUGAUAGAGGGCAAGAGCAAGGUUAUAGACAAUUCAGGGAACCUGAGGAGUUAGGAAAGUUAAUCUGGGAAAGGACGAAAUGGAGUGAACAAGGUGGAAAAAAUGAGACAAAUCUUACCUAUUUGCUGACUUUGGAUUACUUGGAUUCGAUGGAUGAGUGGAGUGAAUUAAAGCCGCAAGUGAGACACAUUUGCGUUGAGAUCGCCGGUGCAAUUUUGGAACGCGUGACUGGUGAAAUUGUUUCGGAUAUGAUUGGAAAUUUGCCGCCAACAUUGUUGUAG